CUAUAUAACAGAUAUAUUCAAUAGUUGUCUACCCUUCAGACCUAUACAACCAGAGAGUUCUUUGUGAAGUGGAGAGGAAAAUCAUACUGGCAUUGUUCUUGGAUAACUGAGCUACAGCUAGAAAUCCAACAUCCAGAAAUGUAUAGAGCAUACUCACGCAAGAAUGACAUGGAUGAACCACCAAUGUUAAGUGAUGAUGAAAGUGACACAUCUGAAGAAGGUGAYCAGCCAAGUCCUACCAAGAAAUCUAAGGCAAAAGAAGAAGAUAAACUGAACUUGGAAGCAAGGUUUUAUAGAUUUGGUGUUAGUCCUGAGUGGAUGCAGAUAUUCAGAAUCUUGAAUCACAGAGUACAAGAUGGAAAAGAGGAGUUUAUGGUCAAGUGGAGGGAUGUACCCUAUAGUUUAAGUACCUGGGAGAGACCAGAUGACCCAGUCAAUAAUCAAAUAAGGUAAAAAUAUUUUUUAUA